CCGAUUUCAUUAGUGGGCAACAGUCAACACAAACAAUUUUGUUUAUUUUUUUGGAAACUAAAAGGAAUAAAAUUCCUAAUCUGUACUCCAAUUUGAAGAAAAGCAACAAGUAUUUGCAGAAUCUUGUUAACUUGAAUUGAUUUCCAAUUCCAAAAGCAAGGUUUUGGUGAUGAAUGAUGAUGGAUGAUGAAGUUGUACAGCGAGUAUUUCAAGAAGGCGGUAGAGAUUACAUUCAAAAACCAGCCACUUGUUCUUCUUCCUCUUCCUCUUCUAUUCUUCAAUCUCUUCCUCUUCAUGUGUCUUUUGAUCAUGGAUGCUAUUUGCUUAUCAAAUCAAUUCAAGAACUACGAGAAAAGAGGAAGGCUCUUGUUACUGUUGGAAUUGGAGGUCCUAGUGGCUCCGGGAAAACCAGCUUGGCAGAGAAGGUGACUUCUGUCAUAGGAUGCACUGUUAUAUUAAUGGAGAAUUAUCGCAAAGGAACCGAAGAUUUAAAUGACUUGGAUUCCAUAGACUUUGACGCCUUAGUUGCUAAUCUACAGGAUUUGAUGAAUGGUGAAGAUACUAGAAUACCAGUAUUUGAUUUCCAAGAAAAACGACGUGUUGGCUCGACAAUCAUAAGGGGCACCUCAUCUGGAGUAGUGAUUGUUGAUGGUACAUAUGCUUUGCAUGCAAAAUUGCGGUCAUUGUUGGACAUUCGAGUUGCAGUGGUUGGUGGUGUUCAUUUUAGUCUGCUGUCCAAGGUUCGGUAUGACAUUGGAGAUUCUUGCUCCCUGGAUAAUCUCAUUGAUAGCAUAUUUCCCUUGUUUAGAAAGCACAUUGAGCCAGACCUUCAUCAUGCACAGAUCAGAAUCAACAACAGCUUUGUCUCAUCUUUUAGAGAGGCGAUCUACAAGCUCAAAUGUAAAAGCGAGUCACCAAAUGAACAUUCUGAUUAUGCGUUGAGUGGACAGGAUGUACAAACAGACAAUUUUAUUGAGAUGUACCUUCGACCCCCUUCAUCAAAUGAAGAAGCUCGUAUCAACGAUUGGAUCAAGGUGCGUCAAUCUGGAAUUCGGUAUUAUCUCUCUCUUGGUGACCAGAGGAUUGUCGACAAACAUUUUAUCAUCCGACCUAAGGCAGAAUUUGAGGUUGGGAAGAUGACACUUGGUGGAUUGCUUCAACUUGGUUAUACAGUUGUUAUGAGUUACAAAAGGGCAUCACUAACUUUCAACUUUAGAGAAGUUUCACUAGCUUUCGAAACAAUUGACUCUCUUGGUGAAACAUUCAUGGUGGUGAGGGGUACUAACCGAAAGACCGUUGGGGCUGAAGCAUUGAGAAUGGGUGUUUGUGGACCCUGGAUUACAAAAUCAUACUUAGAGCUGAUCCUCGAUCAGAAAGGAGUAUCACCACUCUUAGCAAGCACCUCAACAACUAAUCAAGAAGGAACAAUUCCUUCACCACAGCCUAUUCGCGUAACUCCUAAUAAACUUGAAGAUCUGUCACAACCAUGGACUCGAUCACCAACCAAGUCUAAAAUGGAACCCAUUUUAGCAACAUGGCACUUCAUCUCAACAGUUCCUUCAGGUGCUGAUGCUUCCGUGUUUGAUCCCUCUUCUUUCAGGGACAACUUGCAGCUUGCUCCAAUGCCUGAAUCAUAUGACUUUGAUCGAGGGUUAUUGUUAGCUGUUCAAGCUAUACAGGCUCUUUUAGAGAGUAAAGGUCUUCCAGUCAUAGUUGGCAUAGGUGGUCCAAGUGGAUCUGGAAAAACAAGUUUGGCUCAUAAAAUGGCCAACAUAAUUGGCUGUGAGGUUGUUUCCCUUGAGAAUUACUACAAGUCUGAGUAUGUAAAGGAUUACAAGUAUGAUGACUUCAGCUCCCUUGAUAUUUCUUUACUCUCAAAGAAUAUUGAUGACAUAAGGAAGAGACGGAGAACUAAAAUACCCAUUUUCGAUAUGGAGAGUGGGUUGCAGAGUGGCUUUGAGGACUUGGAAGUUUCUGAAGAUUGUGGAGUGGUUAUUUUUGAAGGGGUUUACUCUCUGCAUCCUGAUAUUAGGAGGUCGUUGGACUUAUGGAUCGCAGUUGUGGGAGGUGUCCAUUCACACCUUAUUUCUAGAGUUCAAAGGGACAAGAACAGAGUUGGUUUUUUUAUGUCUCAAAAUGAUAUUAUGAUGGCAGUGUUUCCCAUGUUCCAGCAGCAUAUCGAACCACAUCUUGUCCAUGCACAUCUCAAAAUCCGGAACGACUUUGAUCCUGUUUUAUCUCCUGAAAGCUCUUUGUUUGUCUUAAAAAGUAACAGACAAGUGGCUUACAAAGAUAUACUGAAAAUUCUCGACUCUACUAAGGUUUGCAGCUCUGUCCAGAAUUUUGUUGAUAUUUAUCUUAGGCUCCCUGGAAUACCUACUAAUGGGAACUUGACGGAAAGUGAUUGUAUACGUGUUAGAAUAUGUGAAGGAAGAUUUGCAUUGCUGAUUCGAGAGCCAAUAAGAGAAGGAAACUUUAUCAUCCAACCAAAAGUUGAUUUCGAUAUCAGUGUAAGCACAGUGGUUGGCCUUCUUAACCUUGGGUACCAAGCUGUAGCAUACAUUGAAGCAUCAGCUUUCAUAUACCAAGAUGGAAAGAUUCUCGUGGAGGUUGAUAAUUUGCAAGAUGUCCCUAGUCCUUACAUUCAAAUCAAAGGGGUUCAAAAGGAAGCUGUAGUGGCUGCUGGUUCAAUUCUUAAGCUUGAUGGAUCAUACACCACUAAGAGUUAUCUGCAAAUAAUUUUGGAGACAUUGCCAGCUUUGGAAAUAAGCCCUAGUGGAGUCCACACUCAGCAAGCUGCAAGAUUGCAGGAACUAGUAGAAUUUAUUCAGUCUCAGGGAAGUAGUUCAUCGUCAGAAUCCUCUCCAUGCAGAGAAGGGGCAGCAAUUGACAGCGCAAUCGAAGACCUGCAGUGUAGAAUCAAGAGGCUUGAACGGUGGCAAACAAUCAACACUGUACUAUGGACUUUCUUAAUGUCAGCUCUCAUAGGUUAUUCACUUUAUCAAAGACGACGGCGGUAGGUCAUAAUUUUAUCUUUUUUCUCACUAAAAUGGCUGGUACUGAAAUUUGUCAAGAAAUCCCUUCUGUUGGACAUAUGAAGUGGAUGAAAUUCCUUGCUUGUAUACAAAUCUCAGAAAAGGUUAAUAUAAUAUAUAGAUUUGGGUGGUGAUGUGUUAUUUUCCGUCCACCUCUUUUGCUA